AUGGCACUUAUGAAACCCAUUGAUUUAAAAGAAAAAACAUUAGAUGCUCCCCUUAUUUGCAAUACAGCUCACUUAUUUUAUGUGCAAAAGACUUUUAAUAAAAAUACCAGAACCAUUUUUGCAGGAACCGUUAUUGCCAUUAUUUAUUAUUACAUAACCAAAAAGGGAAAUCAAGUCACUGAAUCAAGUACAGAGUUGAAUGCGGCAUGCCAUCCCCUCUCCCGCCCGUAUUUAAGCAGAAAGAAAGCGGAUGAACCAUCGAAGGGCAGACUUCAUCGACUUAAAGCAAUGCAAGUGAAAAACUUCCCCCAACUGACUAAAGAAGAACUCAUUGUGCUUGCUUUGGGCACAUAUCAACUCAAACUAGCAAGAUCUUACUGUAGCGAGCAUUUAAAUAAUGGCCUAUAUACGAUAGAAACAUAUGCAUUGGAAGACUUGCCUGAAUACGGCAUAGAUCAAAAUGUUUGUUUGUUACGAGGACGAAUCCGGUCUCGCCAUGUUCGAGCAAGGACCUAUUACUGCUACGUAUUAUUCAGUAGUAACGACUUGGCUUAGAAUAAUAAUUAUAAUAAUAAUAUUUCCGACACUCACACCAAUUAGCCUAGCCCCAAAGUAAGCACUG